GUGUCAUAUUCUGCUUGGCUGCCUUUCGUUGGGCCAAACCCAUGCAUGUUUUUUUGCGUGCGCUUGAUUUCUGAUGGACCUUGGCGCGACCAAAAGCGGACCACCUUGGCCAGCGUGAAGCCAUCAUCCAUUUUUCGCGGAGCGGUGCUGAUGAACUUGGGGAGGCACACCUGUGCCUGUUGGAGCAUAGUUGUUGUAUCCAUGUACUGUAUAGAUCUCCAAAGGGUCCGGUGCAAACGAGGAGAGAGAAAUGCAGUGAAGCUGCGUGAGAUAAUGGUUGGGACGCGUUUGACCUGACACCUCAGAAUCCUGGAAGGACUACUGUAACAAAAGGUCUUUCAAAGGAGUGCCAUCCCUCACUAAGCUCCCUGGGAAGGGGCUGGAAACCAACGGCCCCUCCGUUCCUCCGUUCACCCGGUCCGAAGGCCGAACGAGGUUUGUUCAUCACUGAGAAGGGUUGGGAUGAAUGCCAUUGGGCUCGAACGUCCAGUGAUGGGUUUUCUGGUGCCCCAGAACUGAUCGAAGUUGGCCAGGAUGAAAGUCAAUGAGAUCAAAAGCAGCAAGGGCCUUCAGUUGCAGCCAGUGACAGUUCUGUCUUCAGAUGCACAAGGCCUGGCGAAUGACUGGGCUGACAUGAUUGAACAGAAGUUGAGCUACCUUGGCUACCCGGUCCGUCGUGGUUCCGUGGACUGCUUCCACGUUCCUGCCUUGGAGGCAGAGGAUAUGGUGGUUUUCUGUUUGGACAGUGCAUGUGGUGACUUUCUGGAGGAGUUACUCGAGCAGUGCGAUGCUUUGGAUCUGUCGUCGCUAAGAUAUUCCAUCUUUGGUGUGAACUUGCCGGAUUUCCCCGUGGCCCAGAUGGCGAGUGCAACCAAUGACCUCCUGGACAGGAUGGGGACCAAGCAGAUGAUUCCGACACGGCUUGGGGAAGUUUUUCUUGUGCAGGAUCAGUGCCAAGAGUAUCCUUUGGGAUUUUUGGAGUGGCUUCGCGAGCUCCUGCCAGCCACUCGCCUGGCUCAAGCUGAAGUCGCCCAAGCUGCACGCAUCACCAAGCCCGCACGGCGCGCGCGGCGCAAGCGGGCCUGGCGGGCACGGGUCCGGAGGGCAGCAGAGAACAAGAAGCUGAAGAUGAUUUGCAGGGCAGUGAUGUUGGUGAAGAGUUUGAAGAUGAACUCUUGGGGCGUUUCUUCUCAUGAGUCCGCCUCCGAGGCUGACUGCAGCUCGGAGGGCAGCUCCAUGGGGCUGAGCAUGCCGCGGGCGGUGGGGGAGUACCUGGAGCGCCGGAAGUCCUUUCCACAGUCCCGGGUGGAGCAGCAGGGCGGGCUACAGCGGACGGAGUUCGAGAUUUUCUGUGCAGACCUCGGUGCGGCGGAGGCGCAGCUGAGGAGGAUGCGGUGGGUGAAGCUGAUUGCCAAGGCGAUGCUGCACUUGGAGGCAGACGGGGUGGAUUGAAAAGACAGUGGGUGAGGGGGGACAUGACGGAAAGAUAGGUGCCAAUGAGAUGAAGGAAGGGCGAUACAGGCUGCCGAUGUUCAAGUCUGCCUUGUGGCACUGUACAGGCACAGCUGAUGUGUAGAGACCGGGGUGCCGGAAAGA